GCACGCGUUGACUUCUCGAUGGGACGUCGGGAUAUGGAAGGCCGCCGCGGUAGAAAAAGAAGUAACGCGAAGGCUCGUCAACGAGAGUGACUCUCUCUGUAAAUGAUCAGCAGUACGCCGCCGGACAGUUCUUCUUGCCUUUUCGAGCGACCGCUUGCGAAACCGGCGUGUCUACCAGUUCCAUUGGUUGCGCUGCUAUUCUUCUUAAUUUUUCCCAUUUCAACGAAUUUGUUCAAAUGGUUUCAAGAUUAAUUUGAAAUUGGGGAUGAUUCUCGCGCCUUAGUCCAUUACGGACCAACCUUGCGUUAACUUGGGAAUGUUGAUGGCGAAUUGACAUUCGAUUUGUUGAAGAUCGUAUAUAAUACAUAUGUUAGAAAAGAUUUGCGCAUAAGACAAGUCGCGGCAAAUGUAACGUUCCAGCAGGAUGUACGCGUGUGAAGGUAUAGUACAGGAAUGGCGGGAAAAAGGAAAACUACAAAAUUGCCGUGAAGCGACCGCACAAGUCGACGAUGAGUGUAAAUGCGAUGUAAUCGAUAUUACCACGAAAUCAAAUUAUCGACACGCAGUGAGAGAAAUCCCUCAGUCGAUAAAACAUUCAGAAGAACGCAGAGGAUGCAAAUGGAGGAUGAAAGGGCACGGGAGAAGCGCGUUCCAACAAAAAUGGAAGAAACGCCGCGUAUGGUCUAGCGCUCGAACGUCCGAAGACAAAUUAAUCUUCGCCACGAUUCAACAGCGUGAGAUGGAAUGCGUUCGAGGGAGUAACGGGUACAAAAUAUCUUGCAUACACGAAUCGCGAGGCCACCUCUUCUCACCGUAUCCAGGGACGACUAAUCAAAAGAUAUUAUCGCAGCACAAGGAGGAUUUGGAAGAAAGCGCGAAAUAG